AAGCCACAGCUUUAUUUAGUGAUGGAACUGAGUUAGCACUGGGGUUCUGACUACCCAGUGCUGCUGCCCCCUCUUCCUUUGUCCUCCAGGCUCUGCUCUUGGGGUGCACACAAUGCUGUGUGAUCACUGUGCCCUCUGUGGCAUUCAAAGGCAUUGUAAUAAACUGCCCAGGAAGUGAUUGCUGGGUUUCUUGUAAUAUGUGGGAGAAUGCAGAUUCUGACCAAGAAAUACAAACAAAUAAAUCCUCCUGGGUCUCAGUACCAAAAACAACUUCUAAGCUUUUUUGGAGCAGUUAGAUUUCUUUUUCACCUAAUGGAGACAAUCAUAUAACUCAGACUUUCAACUUGAUUUCUAGAAGGUGAAUAGACCUACCCAGGAAGACAUUCUCUUUACAUUUUGCUGUCAGUAUUACUAAUGUGGGCAAGAUUCCUAUUGGUAAUAAUGUGACUAUCAUUUCUUUAACUCCUUGUAUAGCAAAAAAAGGGGAAUCUGAGGCCCAGAGCUUUGGAUGUGAUAAUAGCUAGUGAGAGUUCAUUUUAUUUUUAUUACUUUUGUGAUUAGCUUCCACCUAUAGACAACUAUACAGUCUUUGCAUUUACAAAUAAUAGAAACUUUCUUUUAAAAACAAAUUUGCUUCUGUAAAAAUUUGAGUUCCUUUAGAGAAAAUGAUAGAUAAAUUGUAGUAGAGCUGGUAUAGCACACCAAACAAGGAAACAAAUGUCAUGAAGAUGAUUUGGGAAACUGACUUCAGUCUCCUCUUACUUUAGAUCUGGAAAGACCGGAGUUAAACUCAUGGAUCAUUGAUCUCAUGGGUGUGGGCCCUUAACUGUGAAUGCCACCUUCUAAUUUUAUUCAUGAAUUUAUCUUCUGUCUCCUCCCUCACUUUCCCCUCUGUUCUGUGACUUGCUACCCUCAUCUGGUCAGGGAGGGGGACAGUAGUGUAAUGAAGGACACCUCUUUUAAUAAUACGGUGUCGGAAGACUAAAAAUGAGUGAUUCCAUCUACCCAUUCCUCGAGUGGGUAGCAAGAAAGUCUGGGAAAGCCCAGCUCCUCCGGCUCUGUCAGGUCUCGGAAAGUUUCAGUUCUUCAAAUUGGGCAGGAACUGCGUUUCUAAAACUGCCUGGACAGCGGAUUCCUUAGCUCCUUUGCCUCCCAGCUUCGAAUCACCCGAGAGCGUGUUCCAGCGAAACGUGGGAGCGGAUCAGAGAAAGUACUUGGGUGGGAAAGCGAGGAGGCGGUGCCUCAGGGGCGCUGCCCACCCCCCACCCCCCUUUCCUGGCUGCAACACCUUGACCUUCAGUCCACCUCCCUCCUCUUCGCCCCGGGAGUGGGGCAAUUCUCGCAGACCCCGGGGGGUCUGAGGGAGGAGAUAGCGCAUGGUGAUGGACACAGCCCGCGGGAGUGGGAGGGGGUAGGCAGGGCCCAGGAGCCUGGGAGGCACCGCUCCUGCCGCCCAGCAAAGCUCAGCAAUCUGGAAAAGCUGGGUUUGGAUUCCCCCCUCUUUAAAGAGUUCUCGGGAAGUUUGGGGGAGGGGCGAGCCAAGCUCUCCUGUCCUACGGGCGGCUGGGCAAGCAGGGAGGGCAGCAGCCUCGGGUCUUACGGCUGACAGGGUCCUGCCCUCGAGCGGGCUCCGAGUGCUGCUGGCAGGCGAGGGCCACGGGGCGCCGGCGAGGCGCGCUGGGCAGCGGGCCGCGCGGGACAGGCAUGGAGGGUCUGGUCCUCUUCAAUGCCCUGGUCACCCGGCUGCUUUUCCUGCUGCACUCGCUGGUCGGGGUCUGGCGAGUGGCCGUGGUGAUGAAAGAGUCGCGGUACUGGCUGCUCGCGCUGCUCAACCUUUUGCUCGUCCUGGAGACUGCGCUCACUCUCAAGCUCAAGCGUGGCAGAGGCUACAAAUGGUUUUCACCAGCCAUAUUUUUAUAUCUGAUCAGCAUUGUUCCACCACUAUGGCUCCUUGAAAUGCAUCGGAAGACCCAGGAUUGCAGCAUACAGUCUGAAAGAAUGUCACAGAAUACCAGCAGAAAAGAUGACUUCAAACAGUCACUGAUGUUCAAUGAAGAAACCAAAGGAGUGGAAGAUAUCAUUGAGACAGCCAAAGUUUUUGUAAAUAACCUGUCUACAGUGUGUGAGAAGUAUUGGACUCUGGGACUCCAUCAGACAUUCCUGCUAAUGCUAAUCAUUGGAAGAUGGCUUCUCCCCAUUGGGGGCACCAUCACUCGAGACCAACUCUCAGAACUCCUCCUCAUGUUUGUGGGGACAGCUGCUGACAUCCUGGAAUUCACCAGCGAGACUCUGGACUUGGAAAAUGUGAGGAACAACACUCCGCUAGUCUGUGCCAUCCUUGUGAUAUGGACAUGGAGCAUGCUUCAGUUUCCACUUGACCUGGCAGUGCAGCAGGUCGUGUGCCCCUCGUCGGUAACAGCCAGGGGAUUCCCCAGCCUGUUCUUCUGCCAGUACAGCUCUGACCUGUGGAACAUCGGGAUCAGCAUUUUCAUCCAAGACGGCCCCUUCCUCACCGUGCGCCUCAUCCUGAUGACUCAUUUCAGCGUCAUCAAUCAGAUGCUGGUGUUCUUUGCCGUCAAGAACCUCCUCGUGGUGCUGCUGCACCUGUACCGCUUGGCGGUCCUGGCGUCGGCUUUCCGAGCUUCCCGGCGACGGCAGUCAGAAGGCCUCAAAGCAGAGCACGGCUGUCCGUGCGGACCCCCUCAGAGUGGGCCAGGGACCGGCGAGGGAACCGUGAGGGUGGGCCUGGCUAUGCCUUUGCAAACCUCACCAGCCUCCUCUGAUGCCUCGGAGCCCACACCAUAGCCACUUAUUCCCAGCAGGAUGCAGCUGGAAGGAUGAACUUUGUAGGCUCGUACACAGUUCUCCCUCUUUUUUUUUUUUUUCCUUUCCAUCUUGGCAUAUAAUAAUUUUCAAAGAAACAUCAUGAAAAGAUGAUCUUAAACUAAAGCCAAGGAAUUUCCUUUUGUCAGUGGAAUGGAAGGAACUUUGAUUAGUGGUGAUGGCUACAAUUUCUUUUUGAUGGUGUAAGUUGUUAUAGUCAUUCAACAACCGAUUUGUUUCUGCUUGGACAAGGUUGCCGUGACAUGUCCCCCUCGAAAGAUUCAGUGCGACCUGUCACGGCUGUUACCUGAAAAUAUAGACACUUUGACCUUUGGCUCCAUUGUCUGACUGUCUCAACUGAUCUUUUCUGCGAUGUCCCUCCGACGACAAAAAUGUACAGUCAGUGAAUGCAGAACAAAUGAGGGAAAAGUGUCUUUAAAAUUACCUCACUGGGAGCUGGCAGCAGUGAACAUACCUCCUCAGCUUCCAGAUCACAGAGACCCCUCCCUCCCCCUCCGUUUACCACUGCAUGGACCUUCCCAGGGAAACCUUUUUUCUGAGCAGAUGUGGUAUUCUGUCCUGGUGCAUAUGCUCUUACAGAAAUUUUAUUGUUUUUGGCUUGGGCACAACACUCACAGCAAACCAUUCGGUUACCUGUCUAUUGGUGGCAAGGCAGGAAACACUGGAGAAACGCUAGCAGUCAGUUUCAUUUUGAAUAUGAUUUGCGGUGUUCAUCAACCCCACAUGACCAUUUUCUACAUUGGCAAGUUAAAUUGCCCUAGCUGAUGCAGGGAUGCUCUGGAGCAUGGAUGAAGGUGUUCACGCCCUUCAAGGUUACCACAGUUUCUGGUGUCUGCCAGCAACAGCAAACAUAGGUGCAUCUGCUCCAAACUGGUUCCCCUGGAACUGGCCCUUGGGUCUUGGGCCAGGAGAAUGGAUGAACCUCGGUGAGGGACGGAGGAGGUCGGAGCCAGCUUCUGCAUCAUGGGAAUCAGGCAAUGCGCUUCAUCCUCCUGAGUUAAGACUUAAUUUUCUCACAGUUUAGGUAGUCAUUUUGUCCCCUUUACACACCUCUGUACUUUCAAGAUGGAGGUGAUUCUGAACCUUUUAAAGUGAUUUUUGUUUUUAAAGAUACAGUGGAAAAAUUUGCUUGGUUGUGUAGCAGUAAUUAUAUAGGAAGCAAAGAGUUUCAAAAAUAUAAGGGUCAAAGCAUCAUUCUUCCUAUGUUAAUAGGCUCAGGAAUUCAAUGGGGCAUUUUCAGGCAGGAGUGCCUCUAAUUGGUUGUGACCUAUUGUCAACCAUUUGGGACAGUUUUACCUAUAAAUUUCUGUGUAAUAUAAUAUCCACUCACAAAUUUAAUACAAAGUUUUACAAAUACAUUCUGCUUUUACAUAGAGUAAUGUAUUUUUUCAAUAAAUCUUUCUUUUCUUCCUAUGCUUCUUAUUUUAACAAUAUAAUGAUUAUAAAAUUACACAUGAAAUGAGUAGAAUACAUUUAUAAUUAUACAUAAUAAUUUUAUGCAAGUUAAGAUCAGGAAAUUCUAUUUAUAUGAAAUAAAGAACUUGACAACUUUUAAGGGCAUGUUAUUUCAAAUGCUUAGCAAUGGAAAGCAAAAUAAUAACUGCUAUUUAUAAAAAUGCCUCCACAGAAUCUGUUUUUAUGCUGACUGUUUUAUGUUGACUUUUUUCUUCCACAACAUGUAUGUGCUGCUUAUUAUUGCAGAUUUGCUCAUGGCAUACUUUUCAUGUUUGAAUUUUUUUUCUUCCAGCAAAACAAACACUGAGCCUCUAUUUUUAGUAUAAAGUAGUAAGGCUGUUGCAAGGAUAUUUUAAAGUGCUUUUAAAUCUGAGACUUGGCUUGGAUUUGUGAAUGAGUUUCUAGUGUUUAAGUGAAGUAUUUUGUAAUUAGCACUCUUCCAAAGGCCUGGGAAAGCAAAAGCUGUCCAAAAUCUGGCUUUAUUUAGAAAGCUAGGAAGUCAGAGAGUACCCGGGACCAUCUUGGUAAUUAAUGGCAAUAAAAUAGACAUAUAUUCUGUAAGAUUUUCCAGAGAAAACUGCUAAGGGCAACGUUUUUUAAUCUAACUGCCAGUACUUCCAUUCUCUUAGACUGGCUGUUUUUAUAGGUUUUUUUUUUUUAAAUCUGGUUUUGUUUAGUUUACUUCAAAAGAACCCUAAGUACAGCUUGUAUCCCUGAUAAAAAAUUUAUAAACGUAUUCAGUUAAUUGUAUAUUUCUACUGUGAACACAUAAACAUUGUAAUGUUUAAAAACAUCCAAGAAUUUGCUCUAAAGUGGUUAGAACAUGAGUUAUCUCCCGUAUGUUGGGAUCCUGGGACUUGCAUUUUAUUUGUAAUAAGCUGAGUGAUUCAUAUCGUCUGGAUAAUGUGAUAUACGCCAUAGCCUCUAGGCCCACACCAUCCAGCCCCCAGCUCUCAGACACAACACAUGCCUAUUUCCAACCACUAAAGAGAGUGGUUUAUUUGUGAUUAUUGGAUCUGUUUUAUUGCUAUCAUUGUGAUUUUAUCAUUUGAUUAAAGCUCAAUCAAAUGUCAUCCCUAUAAACAGCAUUCUAUUUGUGAGAAAAUACAGUGUUAAUGAUACUGUGUAGAAAUACACUGUAUUUCUUGUGACUAUCUUAUGUGUUUCAUUUGCCCUAAUUGGAUGAGCCUCAGAUGAUAUGACAACGUGGUAAAAUGAGUUAACCAUUCUUAUCUUUGAUUAUUCUGUGAAUUUUUAGUUAAACUGUGAUAGCAUAAGAAAAUAAAAGCUUGAAUGGGCAAAUAGCAUUCAUUCAAAUCUUUCAGUGAAGAGUCUCAGACAAAUUUAUCCACUGGAUUAGUUGUACUUUCAUUAACCCUUAAUAGCUAUAUAGAUAUAGGGAAAAAUUUUCAAGAUUUGCUACCAAUAUUAACCAUUAACUCAUUUAUUAAUAAAAAUUUUCAAAGCAAUAAGAUGUUCAUGGUUUGGAAUUUCCACCAGGUUUCAGAGUUGAGCAUUGACUCUUUUCAUCUUUGGUAUUUAAUAGUAAUGUCUCUUAAUAGUUAUUCUAUUAAAAGAGAAAAAGAAUGGCAAAAGGCAGGCCUCUGUUUACCUUUGCUCUGCUCCAAAAAAGGCUACUUAAAAUAUGCUGCAUAGGCUCAGAGACACAAGAGAAAAAUCAAACAAUCUUGAAUUUUAGAGGAAAAAAAAGACCAUUACUUUUUCUAAUUCUACAUUUUGCUUUUUACUUAAGGAAUAUUCUGGUCUACUCUUGGAAAUAUCUAAUAAGGUUAAACCAGGCAACUAGAGGAUGUUUACAGCUUUGAGACUUCAAAUAACUUUCUGUAUAAUGAGAGUAACCAAAGAAUAUUUGAAUAAUUAACUGCUGCAACCUCAUAUUUUAUAGGUGCUUAUUUUCAGAAUCUUUCUUACUAGAACAUUGUAUAAGACUAUUUUUUGAAGUAUUUGUAUUCGCUAUGAUUCAUCUAUGUAUUUCAUUGUAUAUAUUAAAUAGUGAGUGAAAAAUUUUA